AUACACUGUUUCUGUAUUUGCAUGUAGACGGCAAAAGGUUCGGCGUAGACACUGAAGACAGAGAAUUGGAGCUAAGCCAGGCAUAAAUCGAGAAUCAACGUUCUGGGUCCUUUGUGUUAAUAAUGCCUAUAAAGAAAGAACUCUGCAAAAACUAUCAGCGAGGCAGUACGGCCAAAGGUGUAAAUUUCUUCACGUAACUCAGCAACAACCAAAAUCCAACAUCUUUGGAGGAGGGGCACAAUCUGGCUCAUAUGGGCAACAGCAAAAGUCCAAUCCUUAUGGUUUUGGUGUUCAAAACAGCUCUCAGUCAAAAGGGUCUACUGAUUAUGGAUCUAAACCCAAUAACCAAUUUAAGCCUUUUGAAAACAAAUGGACUCGUUUCUCCCCCAUACCUAAUACUGGUGCCCCUUCAGCACGGCAAUCUGAAAAUCAGACGCAAGCAACGAAUCAUAAAUCCUGAGUCUUGCAGACGCAUAGUUGUUGAGGAUUUUGAGAAUGAAAGACCGCUUUGGAAGCUGACAUGUUACGGUCACUUGAAAAAUGCUCCUUGUGACAUUAUUGGCGACAUUAGUUAUGAAGAAUUGAGGGCUGCAGCAUAUGAUGACGCUAAGCGUGGGUUGAGCUUGCAGUCGAUAGUCGAGAGAGAGCGGAAUUUACUUAGUUCAAAGUUAGUUGAGUUUGAAAACCUUUGCAAGCCACAUGCAGUUGCACCGAGCUCAACUCUCCCCAAUCAAAAACCUUUUUCUGGAACUAGUUCUAAUGCAUUCUCGAGCUUUGGUCAACUAGGAUCAUCCCUGAAUAUGGGGUCUGUAUCGAGGCCCCCUGCACCAUUGAACAAUGGUUUUGGUCAGCUGAAUUCCUCUGCACCUUCUAGGCAGAUUUCAAGUGCAUUUGGAACGAAAAAUAUGCCAUCUGAAAAUGCAGGUGAAAUUUUAAGGUUUUGUUUGUGUGGUGCUUUCUCUUUGUUUCUGCUGACUGUCAUUUUGGUAGGCUUAUUUGGCAGCCAAUUCCCUGCUUCUUCCACUAUAACAGGCUUCAGCAGUAAUGGUGCCCUGAGAGAAAGUAACCCAUUUUCUCCUUCACCAUCUUCAGCUCAAUUUCUCAGAACAACUAAUAAUCAGUCGCCAAUCCUUUCCAUGGGGCUUGAUUAUACUUCUAAUGCGAAUGCACCAGCACAAGUUGCUAUGGGAGUUCAGUUGGCAACUAACAUGCAAAAGGAGGACAUCUCUGGUGAUGUGAGUAUUUGGUCAAAAAACAAGUGGAACCCUGGAGAGGUUCCAGAAGAAGCACCUCCUGAUGCAUUUGUUGAUGCGGUCUGAGCCAUAUGAAGAAAAUUGUUAUCAGGCUGCAAACGGUUGUCCAUAUCGAUUACCUUAAUUGGUUUUGUUUUGAGGACAGAAAUGUAGGUGACGAAUUGUUACAGUGUAAAAAGAAAUCAAGUACAAAAUGAGUUUAUCACUGUUGUUGGGAAAGUAGCUGUAGCAAAGUUACAAACAAUAGGGUUAAGCGACCCCGUGUGGUGGUGUGGUUUUGUUCCAGCUCAGCAGGUUAGGUGAAAACAAAGGGUGAAAUGAGGAAAAUAAUAGAAAAGUUAUUAUUAUUAUUCAAGUCUCGAACGCGUUUUGGGAGACGUGGUUUUUGUAUUCCCAGUUUGAAAAGAGAUUCUUGAAAAGGUCUUAAAGAUCGUGCAGACAGAGUAUGCAUGGGACCCAUGUCUCCCUGUGCUUGCUUGGGCUGUCAACUAAACAACAAAUCAGAAAUUAUUGCCAUCCCAUUCCCAUA